UGAAUGCAGGCGCAUGUCAAUCACUGGCUCUCAUGUGAUAGCUCCUGCGGAUGACGUGCCAACCAUAUGGCAUUGGCAUCAGAGCUGGUACCCCUUUGCUUGGAGAUGCCACACUCUCCUCCUUUUGGAUAGCACACUGAAGGAGGCUGUAGCACCUUAAGGAGCAUUGCCUUACUCCCAGAAGAUGCUGCGAACAAUGAAAUAAGAAUUCCUCCAGUUAGCUUUGAAGCCAUCAUGUUGACGAGACUGUUCAGCGAGCCCAGCUUGAUCCCCGAGGUGCAGAAAUUCUCCAGCUGGGCCGACGACUGCGAAGACGAUGAGAGGCCCGAGAAAGAGGAGCGCAAAGGUAAAAGCUGCCCCCUCCAGGAGGAGCAGACGGAGGGGUCCCUGGGCGAAAACAAAGAGGAAGGCGACAUAGGAGGCGACGAGGAGGAGGAGGAAGAGGAAGAGGAAGGCCUGGAGGAGGCCGAAGGCGAUCGGCCCAAGAAACGCGGGCCUAAAAAGCGCAAGAUGACCAAGGCCAGGCUGGAGCGCUCCAAACUGCGACGCCAGAAAGCCAACGCGCGGGAGCGCAACCGCAUGCACGACCUGAACGCGGCGCUGGACAACCUGCGCAAGGUCGUGCCCUGCUACUCCAAGACUCAGAAACUGUCCAAAAUCGAGACGCUCCGGCUGGCUAAGAACUACAUCUGGGCUCUCUCCGAGAUCCUGCGCUCGGGCAAGCGGCCCGACCUGGUCUCCUACGUGCAGACUUUGUGCAAAGGCUUGUCCCAACCCACCACCAACUUGGUGGCCGGCUGCCUCCAGCUCAACUCGCGGAAUUUUCUCACGGAGCAGGGCCAGGAGGCCGGGAGGUACCACGGGCCCAACUCUUCCUUUGCCAUGCACCCUUACACCUACCAGUGCUCGCGGCUGUCCGGCGCGCAGUGUCAGUCCAGCACCAUGGCCAGCUCCCAUGCCCUGAGGACACACGCGUACUGCGCCACCUAUGAGACCCUGUACGGGAACGCGUCUCCAGACUACAACAGCUCUGAGUACGACGGCCCCCUGAGCCCUCCACUGUGCAUUAAUGGCAAUUUUUCCCUCAAGCAAGACUCUUCCCCGGAUCACGAGAAAAAUUACCACUACUCUAUGCACUACUCGGCCCUCCCCAGCUCCCGCCCUUCCGGCCACAACUUGGUCUUUGGCUCCUCGGGGAUGCGCGGUGGAGUCCACUCCGAGAACAUCUUGCCUUACGAUAUGCAUCUCCACCACGAGCGAGGCCCCAUGUACGAGGAGCUCAACGCGUUUUUCCAUAAUUAACACCCCCGCCACCGUGGGCUCUGAAAUCCCCUUCCCCUCCCCCCUUCCACUGCACAUAGCACCCCCUACCCCCAGCCCACGCCCAUUCUGUUCUAGGUUUUAAAUGUUCCUUCUUCUUCUUCUUCUUCUUCUUCUCCCCCACCCCCAGAACUGUGAAAGUACGAUGUUAGGUGUCUCCCCGUAACACACACACACACACACGCGCGCACGCACGCACGCACAACCCCCCAAUCUAGACCGUGCUAAGUCUAUCUGUGAACUUGUCACCCCAUUAAUUUGUCAACCCCCGGAGAGGAUCAGAACAGAACAGUGUAUACAUGGAAGAAAAACAAAACAAAAAUUACUUUGGUGCAAUAUAUAUAUAUAUAUAAUGUAUUUUUAUGAUGAUGAUGCUGAUUAUUAAAAAAAGAAAGAAAAAAAAAGCUAGCCUUCAGGUUUCCAGUGGAUUGAAAUAUUGUUUAUUGGGGCCAGGUGGAAAGAAACUUUUAGGGCGAAAAAAUUGGAGAAUUAUCAAGCCCUACUGAUUUUGAUUCCCCCCACCUUUCCUCCCCCCCACACAGGGUGAAAGGUUUACAGUAAACCAGUCUACAGCUAUAUAUAUCUAUGGGAGAAAGGAAGCAAACUUGCUCUUCGACUGAAGGGUCUCUUUUGGCUACACAUCAAAGUAAAUUCCUAACAAUGCCAGAUCAUUUUUAUUC